UUCAUUUCAUCAUCAUCGGGUCUCAAACUGAUUUCAAUUUAAGAUCAUGGAGUUACCGAGCAGUAUGACGAAGACACAUUUGUCAACCCCUUUCUAAGAGUCGUCGACUCAUCGGCGUUUAUUGGAUCCAUGGCCAAGUUUGCCGAGACCUUGUACGCCAAGCUCGAGACGGAAGAAAAUGCCGUGUUCUCGCCAUUCUCACUUCACAUGGCAUUGACCAUGCUCUCAUCGGCGGCCUCCAAGGAAAGCCCCACCCAAACGGAGCUCCUGUCUCUUUUGGGCGAAUUGCAGAACAUUGAACAUCUGGAGAGCAAAUAUGGAAAGCUCAUCACCGAAUACAACGGACUAAAUGACACCUUCUUGUUCGGCAAUAAGGUCUGGUUGAGCUCCGACUUCAAGAUCAAACCCAGUUACAACGAUACCAUUGGUAUGUUGCUCAACGGAAGUGUAGAGGUGCUGCCCGCCAACUUGAACGAGGCUGUGGCCAGGAUCAAUAACUGGGCCUCAGAUGUCACCAAAGGCAAAAUUCCGAAGCUGUUCGAUUCAUUGUCCCAGGAUACGCGAGCCGUGCUGACCAAUGCCAUUUACUUCAAAGAUGCGUGGACCAUUCCAUUCGACGAGUACGAAGGCGAACCCACUUUCACCUUGAUCGACGGCAAAACCAUUGGCGCUAGCGAUGGUUUAAAGAUGAUGUCGCGAACCUCUUACGAAUUUGGCCGGACCAAGUUCACAUUGGAGGGACUCAAGAAUGUGGAAUUCCAGGCUGUCACCAUUCCUUACAAAGCCAUGUUUGGCGAUCGCUUCGAGAUGGUCAUUGUGAUGCCCACUGGUCCACAGAAUGCCAUUCAAUUUUUGGACCAAGCCAUCAAAACCAACGUGAAUCGCUUCGGUGACACCAACGGGGGCAAUUGGUUCCUGGACAAGCUCUUCAAAGAGUUGGGCAAGAGUGGUGUGCACAGCGAAGAAAUCAAUUUGGUCAUGCCCGAAUUCCAAGUGGCCUCCAAAUUCUCCGUGGCUGGGGCUCUAAAACAGCUCGGUGUUCAAGGCAUUUUUAAUGAUGGCGAAUUUGACAGCAUCUCUGACGAACCCUUGAAAGUGAGCGAUAUCAUCCACAGGGCCAUUAUUGAAGUGGAUAAAGAGGGCACGGUGGGUGCCGCCGCCACUGGAAUUGAAUUGGUCCCUUUGAGUGGCGCCUUUUUGGAACCCGAGCUUCUGAUCAUUAACCAACCUUUCGUGUUCCUCAUCCGAGACAUCAAAGAGAACGUGAUUCUCUUCUACGGAAAAGUUAUCAACCCCAUCUCUUAAUUAAUCCAUUCGAAAUCGGACGCCCGCGUUCGUUGGAGCAAUAAAAAUCGUUCACAAAGUCGUACCAUGAA